UCCAAGUACACCAAUAUUAUCACGACCUAAAUUAAGUUCAAAUAUGCGUUUUAAAUCAUCUGUACGUAAUUAUGGCAUACAUUCACCGACCAGUCCUGAUAGUAAAUUGAAGAAAAAUAAAAGUCGAAAGUAUGCCACAAUGCCAUCAUCGAUAAAAAUGGACACAAGACGAAAAUUAGACAAUUUUACUGAUGCUGCCUAUAAUGAAGCUGUUUCCAGAUUACGUGUCCUAUUGCACGAUAGUUACAGUCCCAAAAUUACUACCCACUUAUUCGAUGAUAGUGGUGAUGAAACUGAUGAUAAGUCUGUAUUUAGUAAUUUUACAAGAGUAUCUAAACAUUAUCAUACACCAGUUCCAUAUAAAAGAGAUUUAGUUAUUCCAAAACAAUCUGUUACAAAUCAACUAUCAAAAGAUCCGCCAUCUACUGAGCUAAUGUCAUUUAUUGAGCGCCAAGAAGAUUAUAUUAAUCAAUUAGAAAAAGAAUCGCAAUAUUGUCGGCAUGAACUAUCUGGUCUGUUAGAUAAAGUAAAAGAAGUUAUAUCCGAAAACGAGCAACUUCAUAAAAAACAAAAAAUAGGAAUUAUGAAAUCGGUUACAGACACAUUCGACACUACGGAAACAGAUGAAGAUCCAACAGAUAUUACUUCCACAAAAAAAUAUACUACAACUUCUAAACGACCACUUGAAGGUCCCGCAAUAGUAUUUGAAUCAAGAAUAUCCGAAUUAGAAGCUCAAUUAACACAGUAUAAAAUUGAUUUAAAGAAAAAACAAGAUGAAAAUGAAAUGUUGCAACGACAGUUAUCAGAAAAUGUACUUUGUGAUUCACCAGCUUUUAAGAAACAACUUGAAAUGUUACAGAGAGAAAAGGAAAAUUUACAAGAUACAAUUUCAAAAUUACAAAUGAAUGCUGCAUUAGACAAUGAUCAUAAUAUGAUAGAUAAAAAACAAAUGGAACAAACACGAUGGGAGCGUGAAAGAACCGAAGCAAAAUUACGACGAUUGCAAUCUGAAUUACAGCGAGUUACUGAUAAUUCCGCUGAACAAGCUCGUCGAUUUGCAAGUGAACGAGAUGCUUUGGAACGACGGUAUUCUCAACAAAUUGAUCAACUAAAUACAGAAUUAUCGGUACAAUGGGAUACAGCAAGUAAAUUACAAUUAGAACUCGACAAACAGCGACGUGAAAUAACAGAUUUACGACGAGAAUUAUCUCAAAAGAAUGCGUAUAUAGAUGAUCUAAAGAAAGAGUUGCAAAGCAAAACAGUAACCUUACAAUCAGAGCAGUCACAAUCAACAGCUGAAAAAAGUUCACUGGAGCAAGAAUUAGCGAAUGCAAAAUUAAAUGCCGAUUGUACAGAGCGUGCGCAUAAACAAGAAUGCGGACGUUUACAAUCGGAAAUAACAUCGUUGCGUCAAAGAUUAGAUCGAGCUGAUGCUGAUGCUUUACACAUGCGACGUGAAAAUAUGCGAUUAACUGAAAAACUGUCUUCUCUUGAAAAAGAAUUGAAUUUAAAUAAACUUUUAACGGAGAAUCGAAAUAACUCUUCUUAUGGUGAACUACAGAAAGAAUCCUUACCCAUAAUGGCUUUACCACCACCCAGGGAGUCGUCAGACUCAACUCGAGAGAAAGAUCUUACCUCAAUGGUAAAAAAUAUCGAAGCUAAACAUGAGGCCACGGUGGCUGAACUAGAGGAAAUGAUUCAAUCUCAAAAUGCACUCAUGGAAAAGCUAACGGGCGAAUGCCAUACGUUAACAAAAAAACUUGAAGAGUCGUCUGUUAAGCACAAAAAUGAAAUUGCCAAAUUACAAAACAGCCUAAAAACUUUGAGUUCUAAAUUAGACGACACUCAAAAAAAUACAGCAAAUAAUUUUAGAAUGAAAGAAAAGCACAAUACACCAAUAAAAUCAGAUAAUUACUCAAAACUCAGUCGACCUGAGGAGACUAAAAUAAAAGACCAGUACCCUGAACAAAAUGGUUAUGAUAAGAAUUCAAAUAAUUAUGCAAAAGAAAUUGAAAAAACUAAUGAAAUUUCACCAACUCGAAAUUAUAACGAUAAAAAUUAUUUAAACGUCGAUGAUCAAGAUCAAAAUGCAAUUAGUUCUGCUGAUGAAAAACAAGAUUACGAGACAACUUAUGAAGAAACAUAUCCAAUUACUGAAGACAAUGAUUAUAUUACAAAUACGGAUAAUACCAAUUACACUGAACAAUAUAACGAUAGAAACGCUAAAAUACCUGAAAAUACUAAAACCGAGUAUGACGACACAAGUAAUGUGACAAAAUAUGCUGAGGAUUCGAGUCCAUACAACCAAGGUAUAACCAAUGAAGAUCAAGGAUAUGACAAUACAGCAAAUAUACCCCAAGAACAGCAGCCAUACGUUGAUCCGAAUCAGGAUUACGAUACUACAACAAAUAUUCCCCAAGAGCAGCAGCAAUACAUUGAUCCAAAUCAGGUUUAUGAUACUACGGCAAAUAUUCCCCAAGAGCAGGAGCAAUAUAUUGAUCCAAAUCAGGUUUAUGAUACUACAGCAAAUAUUCCCCAAGAGCAACAGCAAUACAUUGAUCCAAAUCAGGGUUAUGAAUAUCCUGAUAAUCAAAAUUAUAUACCUGAUCAACAAUAUUCCGAAAAUAUGGAAUAUCAAAUGGAUCCAAAUUAUUCUGCAGAUCAGCAAUAUGAUGAAACAGCACAAAAUCAAAGUUAUUCAGACCAGCCGUAUGAUGAAUCAGUACAAAAUCAAAAUUAUACGGAACAGGAGUAUGCAGAACAACCGCAAGGGUUUAUUGAAGAAGAAUCUAGACCGCCAGAAACAAAUAAUGGUUAAAAAUAAAUUUUUUAGGAAAUAAAUAUAGGUUAGAAUAAUUCAAAUGUAAACUGAAUAGUAUUAAUCAAAUAAUUUUAAGAUUCCAUGCUCUAAAAAUUCGGCACAUUGAAUUACCUAGAAGCGGAUUGUUUACAUUGAAAUCUCUGGGCCCAUAACCUCUUACAAUGUUUAAUUUAAAUAAAUAAACUAAAAAGUAUUAUACCCAAGAACAUAUAUAUUAAGGGCAUGAAACCUGCUAUACCGAAUCGUCAUUGCGUACUUUGCACUGCGCAUCAGGCUAUCUAAGUGAUUGUAAAACAACCUGGUGCGCAGUGUAAAAUACGCAACGGUAAUAAAUACGCAUAGUAAGCAGUCAUGAGAUGAUACUGUCGUGAGACGCUCGUAUUUGAUAUUAUUAUAUCUUUUUCAGUAAGAAAUUAACU